UUAUUUAUUAAAAUAAGCUAUAUUGUGAAACUUUGUGAACUUAUGUGGAAAGUGCUAAAGCAGAGGUAAAGUGAAGUCAGUACGCCCUAUCUUGCCAAACCUAUUCAAAAAAUUAAAAAGUGUUAAAACUGUGCUAAUAUUUGUAAAUCAGGAAUAAGCGGCCAAUACAAACGCCACUACUUCCAGCAACUCCAACCCAAAAGCAAACAAAAAAACAAAAACAAGUGCCAGUCGAAUCUCGUACGUGAGGCACUCUGCAACCGCCAAAAUUCUUACCACCAGUAAUAUGAAUUCAUAUUUUGAACAAGCUUCAGCGGGCUUCUACGGCCACCCGCAUCAACCCACCGGUAUGGCCAUGGGCACUGGCGGCCAUCACGAUCAGACAGCUACAGCGGCGGCGGCCGCAUACCGUGGUUUUCCGCUCUCAUUGGGCAUGUCGCCGUAUGCCAAUCACCAUUUACAACGCACCGCACAGGACUCGCCCUAUGAUGCGAGCAUCACUGCAGCUUGUAACAAGAUCUACAGUGAUGGCGCCUACAAACAAGAUUGCCUCAAUAUUAAGGCAGAUUCAGUGGUCAAUGGUUACAAAGAUAUCUGGAACACCAGCGCAAACGGUACAGGUGGAGGAGGCGGCGGUGGUUCUGGCGGAGGCGGUGGCUCAGGUGGUGGCUCUAACGGGUCAAAUGGUAAUGGACAGAAUAAUGCCGCUGGUGGCAUGCCUGUGCGGCCAUCUGCCUGUACCCCAGACUCGCGUGUAGGCGGGUAUUUGGACACUUCGGGUGGUAGCCCGGUCAGCCAUCGAGGUGGAAGUGGCGGUGGUAGUGGUGGAACAGGUGGCGGAGUUGUUGGUGGCGGCCAAGGUGCUGGCGGUGUCGGCGGCGUGGGUGGUGUUGGUGUUGGUGGUGGUGUGGGUGGCGUUGGCGGAGCAGGAACCGCUUGGAAUGCAAAUUGCACAAUUUCCGGCGCCGCAGCAGCUCAAAGCGCUAGCAGUUUACAUCAGGCCACCAAUCACACAUUCUACCCCUGGAUGGCUAUCGCAGGUAAGAUAAGAUCAGAUUUAACACAAUACGGCGGAAUAUCAACAGACAUGGGUAAGAGAUACUCAGAAUCUCUUGCGGGCUCGCUUCUGCCGGAUUGGCUAGCAACCUUCGAAGGACCACUUCCCUGCUCGCUAAGCGAAAAAUUUUUACGUGAAAGCAACAACAGUUUAGCGAUGUUCAAGCGACUUUGUUUAAGCCAGUGCUUUUAA